GACAUGGCGCAGUGGUUACGGGCAAAGGCCAGGAAAGAGUGUGCCAACAAAGCCAUGAACAAGAUAUGUGCAGAGUUCUGCCAUACAGCGAUGGCAUAUGGCCAAUACUCAGAAAUGUGGCAGCGUGGGGCCUCGAGCGCCACAGGAGGGGAGAGGGCCUAA